GGCUCAGAGAUGUAGCUGGUGAGGAGCUCGCUAGUCCACCUUCUGCUCCGCUCAGGACACUGAUGGACUCGCGGUUCGCCUUUUUUCGGGAAGCUUCUAUGGGGACAUUCGACGGGAUGAGACCCGAGGAAGGAGGGAGAGAACAUAGCCUCAAGUUUCUAUCCUCCUGCUCUUCUCUUUAAAGUAAAAGUGGUUCUCAGGAGUUUCUGUUCAGAAGAUCCACCUCAGUGCCACCUGCCCAGCCCCAGGUUCUCCGGUACAGGUGUGCUACCGCUAUGGCAUCCCAGUUCCACCCCAUCCUGCUCCCAUUGCUUCUGCUGCUGUGUGCUCGGCAAGGCUUCCCCGAGAAGCCUCUGUGGCCCCUGCAGCGCGUGCCGGUAGUCCUUCCCCAGCAGAUUGAGGAGCAGCCAACCCCUCACUUUCUCGGCCCAGCUCAGCUGGAGGUGACCUCUUCCUGCGGUCCAGAGUGUCAUAAGAAAGCCCCAACCCCCAGCUACUGGGACCUGCGGCACUUCCUGUCCUAUGAGACUCUCCACUCCAACGGCCAGCUGACUGAGACAGUCGUGGGAAUCUAUGGGUUUGACCUCAACUCGCUCAACAAGAGUCCUGCCAUUGAGCAGGGUCGCUCCAGGGCCAAGCGCCAGAUAUUCGGGCACGACGGUCGCUUCAGUAUCAUAGGUCGGGACUUCCUGUUGAACUACCCCUUCUCCACGGCCGUGAAGCUGUCUACUGGCUGCUCGGGCACGCUAGUAGGCGACAAGCAUGUCCUCACUGCAGCCCACUGUGUCCACGAUGGGAAAAACUAUGUAAAGGGCGCCCAGAGGCUAAGAGUCGGUUUCCUUAAGCCACGACAAAAGGAUCCACCACUCAACAAUGGCACCAACGCAUCGAAAACUCCACCCCCAGAGAAGAUGAAGUUCCAGUGGAUCCGAGCCAAGCGGACCCAUGUCCCCAAAGGCUGGAUAAAGGGCAAUGCUAACGACAUCGGUAUGGACUACGAUUAUGCCCUUCUGGAGCUCAAGAAAGCUCAUAAGCGCAGGCACAUGAAGCUGGGAGUCAGCCCUUCUGCCAAACAGCUACCUGGUCGGCGGGUGCAGUUCUCCGGCUUUGACAAUGACCGACCUGGCCAGCUGGUCUACCGCUUCUGCAAGGUCGGAGAUGAAACCUAUGACCUUCUGUAUCAGCACUGCGACGCCCAGCCUGGCGCUAGUGGCUCUGGCGUCUACGCCCGCAUGUGGGAUCGCAAACGUCGCCGCUGGGAGCGGAAGGUGAUUGGUGUCUUCUCGGGACACCAGUGGGUAGAUCUCAAUGGCGCCCCCCAGGAAUUUAAUGUGGCAGUGCGCAUCACUCCCCUCAAAUAUGCCCAGAUCUGCUACUGGAUCGAAGGGAAUUAUCUUGACUGCAGAGAAGGCUAAACUAAUGCUAAACAAUACUCUCGCUUCAAGUACAGAUCCAGUCUGCGCAUUAUUCAAACAACAAUAUAAACAUCUAAGAAUUCAUGCAACACUGGCAUGUAAGCACUGAGAAAGGAGUAGAAAAACCCAUUCACACAUACUGUACAUAUUCAGACGUCAGGCUGAUUUCUAGAAGCUGAUCUCCUGUUACUUUACUUAACCAAACAAAAACAUUUGCACUGUCUUAUUUAGAUUGAAGUCACCAUGGUCCAGAUCCAGCUAGGAUUCAUUCUAUACUUUUGCAAGGCCAACAAGCUGUGGUUAAUUGUAGCCAAACAGCAAAAAUAAAGAGAUGUUUGCGAAAGGCGUCUGUAAACAACAGAAAGACUCUAUCAGCACCAAAUCCGGUUAUUAAUGUCUGUGGACUUUUUCUGUAGAAGGCACUGAAGCAGUUGUGAAGGCACUAAGCCUUUGUAAAUGUUCUACUUUUUGUUGUGAAAGAAUGUACUGCAGUUAACCAAAGGUGCUUUUUAAUUACUAUAUAUGCGAGUGAAACAAACAUGCAUAGGUCUUUAACUACUGUACAGAAUGUCUUCAUGUGUUGUGGCAUCUGUUUGUAUUCUGCCACACUCUUAAAAAUAAGGUGCCAAAAUCAAAGAACAGUAAUUUUUGGUUCCAUAAAGAACCUUUUCAAUGAAUGGUUCUUAGAACAGAGGUACUCAAACUUGCCCUCAGUGCCCCCCAUUUUCAUUCUAUGCCUGUGUAAAUGUGGACUGUCUGGGGGGUCCCUGAGGACUGCUUUGAGAACCAUGUAUAACGUGUAAAGAAAAGUAUAAAGAAUCCUUUAAUUAUGGGGAGGUUCUUUGAAGCUAUGCAAUGUUCUUCAAGCUCACAAAUCUCUUUAAAAAAGUUUUUUUUUCAAUGGAAUCUCUCAAAGAACCCUUUGUGGUACCUUCAUUUUUUUGAGUGUAGCGACCCCUAGUGGUCAAAAACAGUUCAUGAUGUGGUCGCCACGGGUUCCGAUAUAAUAAUGUUGGUGGCGCUGCCCUUUUACACUGAUAAGAGAGCUUUUUUUAAAUUAAGUAAGGGCAAAAUAAUGUCAAGAAUAAAACUAGUAUUUAAGUAUAUAGAUGUGAUAUAGACUUGAGCAAGUGAACUUUUAUAUGCAAAUGUCUGUUCCCAAAGCACUUUGAAAUCAUAUUGCUAUGUUCAUUAAAGUCAUUACCAACAUUGGAUCAUGAUGACAAUUUACAAUGUACUACAUAAAUAUAUUAAAUGCUUUUGAAAGAGG